AGUAGUAUGAUGCUCAGCUGUUCUUACUCUGCAAAGACUGCUGAUAUACCAUUUCAGUUGCUUAGGAAAAUCAAACUCCUUUAACAAUAAACAUACAGAUAGAUCUACUUAAUUACUUUAUCUUGUGAAAGCUUGCUAUUAUAGAAACACUUGAAGGUAAUAUGAAGACUUAAUUCCUCCCUGUUUCUAUAAAUAUUUCCUGUUGAAAAUAAUUAUACGUUUCUCCAAUACAGAUCCAUUUUCUGCUUUACGCACAGGAUGAAGACGCUUAACUGCUAUGUGCUGUUAUUUUGCUGGAAAGCAAUUUGUUGCUAUAGCUGUGAGCUCACCAAUAUUACUAUAGCAGUGGAAAGAGAAGAAUGUGAAUUCUGUAUUACAGUGAAUGCCACGUGGUGCUCAGGAUACUGCUUCACAAGGGAUCCGGUAUAUAAAUAUCCACCAGUAUCAUCCGUUCAGCAAACAUGUACCUUCAAGGAGGUUGUGUAUGAAACAGUGAAGAUCCCUGGCUGUGGUGACCAUCCUGAAUCUUUUUAUUCAUACCCGGUAGCUACGGAGUGCCACUGUGAGACCUGUGACACUGACAGCACUGACUGCACUGUGAGGGGACUGGGGCCAUCCUACUGCUCCUUCAGUCAGAAUGGAAGUAACCAAUGAAGGGUACUUGAGAUAGCAGUUUGGCUUUAUAUGUGCUCUUCUAAAUAGUGCUGACCAGGCUUAAGUGGAAGUUAAUAGCCAAGGCUAUUUAGAAACUGACAAGACUGAAAAAGAUUUUUAAGGCUAAA